CGAGAAGUAAUUGAAAAAAAAUAUUUGAAAAAGUAAUUGAAAAUUGAAAAAAAAAACAAGUAACUGAAAAAAAUUCAGUUUUGCCCGUUGAUCGUCGCCGUCGUAGUCCGACCGUGUGUCUCGUCGGUCAUUUCGUCAUCGCCGUCGAGCUUUCUCAUCGUUGCGUCAUUGAAAGUGCAAAUUCAAGCUUGUGGUUCACCUUCCAGCCUUCCCAAUCUGCAAAUUCAAGUCAGAGGAUCCGUUUCUUGGUUGGGAGUCACCAUCAACCCUUCGCCGGCGAAUCAUUACUCCACUCCCGUUCACCAUUAUCCUCUCACCCAUUGUCAAUAACUGAAAGAUAGCACACAAAGUAGCAUAAUAGCUAUGGCAGUCGCUUCUUAUUCAAGGUAUGCAUCACUUGAAGACCUUUUACACCUCUUAAAAUUCUCUGCCGAUGCUAAAUAUCUAAACUUUGGUAAAACCAUCCACACCCAGUUGCUCAUUCGCAACCAAUCUUCAAACCGCCACUCUCACAUUGUUCAGCUGAACUCCCUAAUCAAUCUCUAUGUUAAAUGUUCUAAACUCCGUCUCGCACGUUACCUGUUUGACGAAAUGCCUCUUAGAAACGUUGUUUCUUAUAAUGCUUUAAUGGCUGGUUAUUUACAUAGUGGUGAACAUUUGGAAGUUAUUUCGCUCUUCAAGAAAAUGGUUUCGUCGUUUCAAAAUGAUGUUUUACCAAAUGAGCAUGUGUUUACCACUAUUCUUUCUGCUUGUGGACAUAGUGGGAGAGUUUUUGAAGGGAUGCAGUGUCAUGGGUAUUUGUUUAAAUUUGGGUUGGUUUUUCAUCAUUACGUGAAAAGUGCUCUUGUUCAUAUGUACUCGAAGUGUUUUCAUGUUGAUUUAGCAUUGCAGGUUUUGGAUAGUGAACAUGGUAGUAAUAAUGAUGCAUUUUGUUAUAACUCUGUGUUGAAAGCCCUUGUGGAGUCUCGGCGUUUGGCAGAGGCCAUGGAUGUUUUGGGGAGGAUGGUGGAUGAAUGCGUGGUUUGGGACAAUGUUACGUAUGUUAGUGUCAUGGGACUUUGUGGUCAGAUUAGAGAUUUGCGAUUGGGUUUACAAGUUCAUGCGCAGUUGUUGAAAGGAGGUUUGACGUUUGAUGUAUUUGUCGGUAGCAUGUUGGUAGACAUGUAUGGAAAAUGUGGCAAUAUCUUGAAUGCGAGGAAAGUUUUUGACGCUUUACAAAAUCGAAAUGUGGUGGUGUGGACUUCCCUCAUGACCGCUUACUUGCAGAAUGGUGAUUUUGAGGAGACGUUGAAUCUUCUUACAUGUAUGGAUCAAGAAGGUACUAUGCCCAAUGAGUUCACUUUUGCAGUUUUGCUUAAUGCUUGUGCAGGUAUAGCAGCACUCAAACAUGGCGAUAUAUUCCAUGGUAGGGUUGAGAAGUUAGGUUUUAAGAAUCGUGUCAUUGUCGGAAACGCUUUGAUAAAUAUGUAUUCCAAGAGUGGUAGCAUUGAUUCUUCAUAUAAUGUGUUCUUUGAUAUGAUGCAUCGAGAUAUUAUCACUUGGAAUGCUAUGAUAUGUGGGUAUUCCCAACAUGGACUUGGUAAACAAACUUUGCUAGUGUUUGAAGACAUGAUGUCUAAUGGAGAAUGUCCAAACCAUGUAACCUUUGUUGGUGUUCUAUCCGCUUGUGCUCAUUUGGCUCUUGUAAAUGAAGGAUUUUACUAUUUGAAUCAACUAAUGAAACAUUUUAAGAUCGAGCCAGGAUUGGAGCACUACACCUGUAUGGUCGCGGUGAUGUGCCGCGCCGGUCUACUUGAAGAGGCUGAGAAUUUCAUGAAGACAACACAAGUGAAGUGGGAUGUUGUUGCCUGGCGAGUAUUGCUUAAUGCAUGUAAUGUUCAUCGAAAUUAUAGCUUGGGGAAACAAAUUGCAGAAACUAUCUUACAGAUGGACCCUCGUGAUGUGGGGACAUAUACAUUGCUAUCAAAUAUGUAUGCAAAGGCACGUAGCUGGGACGGUGUCACAACAAUUAGGAAAAUGAUGAGGGAAAGAAAUGUUAAGAAGGAACCUGGAGUAAGUUGGUUGGAGAUAAGAAAUGUUGUCCAUGUCUUUUCUUCAGAUGGAAGCAAUCAUCCAGAGUGUAUUCAAAUUUACAGCAAGGUUCAAAUAUUACUGGAAAAGAUUAAGCAAUUGGGAUAUAUACCGAAUAUUGAAGCUGUACUGCAUGAUGUGGAAGAUGAACAGAAGGAAAGUUAUCUUAAUUAUCACAGUGAGAAGCUCGCCAUAGCAUAUGGCCUCAUGAAAAUACCUUCUCCAGCACCCAUCCGCGUAAUUAAAAACCUUCGGAUAUGUAAUGAUUGUCACACUGCUGUAAAACUAAUAUCAAAGGUCACAAACAGGUUGAUAAUUGUUAGAGAUGCUAGCCGAUUCCAUCAUUUUCGUGAUGGGACCUGUACUUGUUCCGAUCACUGGUAGCAUUUUCACAAGUUUAAUAUGGUCAUAAAUCAUGAUUGUUUGAAGUGAAUAUCUUAGGUUAUGCACCAAUUAACUUGCACUGCAGCUUAUGAAUAUCAAGCAUAGUCUGAGAAUGUAUAUUCAACAUGGAUUACACUUGUUUAAAUUUCAAGGGUCUUGCUGUGGUCUGAGAUUAUUGAAAUCAAUUCCAUUUCCAUGUGACCUAAAACUAAAUUACAUAUAGAUUAUGUUAGAAUAUAGAAUAAAGGAGGAUUAAAUUAGGUAAGAGUGGUUAGAGAAUAUGUUAGUCAGUUAGUUAGAGGAAUAUUAGUAUAAAUAGGAUAAAGAUUAUUAUUGAGGAUUGUUAAUUUUGUGAAUAGAGGCUUGUUCAAAAAAAAAAAAUUGUGAAUAGAGGCUUGUUCAAAAAAAAAAUUGUGAAUAGAGUAGUGACUCUAUUGUAGAAUGGGAAAUACUUAAAUCAUUGUUUAUUCUUAGUUCUUAAUCUAAUUUUGUUUUUAACUUUUAGUAUUCUUCAAUUCAUUUUUUUUAUUACUAAAAUUAUGUAUAGGUAUUGGAUCUGCUAAACUAUUCAUUUCUUUCCAAGACACCUCUUACCGAUUUGUUUUUAGGAAUGAAACCUUCCAUCGCGAGUUCACGUAUUUUACCUUGUGAUAUUAAAAACGUUAUUGGCGGUGGUAUCUAUAUCACCGUGAAGCUAAUUGUAAGAAAGUCGAAUAACACUAUAUUGUUUGCUCAAGGGGGGCAAGAUUUUGCGGACUUAAUUAUACGUUUUCUAACAUUUCCGUUGGGUGGAGUGUUACGCAAGUUAGAAGGGAAUAGUUCUUUGGGAAGUAUUGAUGGAUUGUAUAAGAGCAUAUCUAAUUUAAAUGAAGACAGUUAUUUUAGGUGCAAAGAAGCAAGGAAUAGGCUUCUCACUUUAAGUGUUCUGCAAUAUUAUUGUUAUUAUCAGCAAAAUUUGAUGCAAUGCUUUUCAAAAGAGAUGAAGAUCGGAGUAAUGAGAGAAAUUUUAGAAAAAUGCAACUGGUUAAUACCAUAUCUUCUAUGGGAAGUCCUUAUGGUCAAGUCAAUAGACCAGAAAUGUAUGUCGUUACAGAUGUUUUAGUUGUAGAACCAUUGUUGUCUCCAAUUUCAUCUCUAUAUUUACUUAACCGUUUUGAAACUCCUCUUAAUGAUUUGAAGGAACAAGUUGUCGUCAUUGGCAUGAAAGAGGUACAAUUUUCUGCUUUUGCGUUUGAGUUUUUAUCAGACUAAUUUACUUGCAGACUGGUUAUGUAGCGAUUGCUCAUCUCACAUUGUUGUGUUGGUGCAGAGUCUCAGCAUAUUGAAGGCAGCUUUAACCUCAACAUCUGCUCUCACCAAUGGUUUGCGUCACUUGUUAACCAAAGUUAAGGCGGAGGAAUGAGAAUCGUUAAUGUUGUUAUUUCUAUUUAAGUUAUGUUGUGAAAAAGUUUGUAAUGGCCAACAUUGUUAGUUUUACUUUUGUUGCUGUGUUUAUUUCAUUUUUAGCACUAUCCUUUUAAGACCUUUUUAAUUUUUAGUUUAGAAUGGCAUAUCUGAAUGAUCAGUUUCGUUUCUUUCCCUCUCCCCGUCCACUCUAUUUUCUUGAUAUCUAGCUGCAGCAUAAAAAUCACUUUUAUUAUACAGUACAAAUUUCAUUGACAUGUGAGGGUAUUCUUAUCUAGUUGUGCUAAAGAUUAGAUGUGUAUAUAGCCUGAUCAUUUGCAG